GGCAGACGGAUGCACUUCUCGCGAUACUUGCCGGACUGUGUGUGAGUGAGUGUCAACAUCGGCCCGCAGCGCAGCGUCCUGAGUCAGGGGAGGAAUCGGGAUUGCCGUGUGAGAUGGGGGAUGACAGGCCUUUCGCUUGCACUGCCCCUGGCUGUGGGCAGCGGUUCACCAAUGAAGACCAUCUAUCGGUCCACAAACACAAACAUGAAAUGACUCUGAAGUUCGGUCCUGCACGGACGGACUCGGUCAUCAUCGCAGACCAGACCCCAACCCCCACCCGAUUCCUGAAGAACUGUGAGGAGGUGGGGCUGUUCAACGAGCUGGCCCACUCCUUCGAGCAGGAGUUUCGUAAAGCACAGGACGAUGACCACAGAACCAAGAACACGAAUGUCCCACUGCAGACACCGUCGGAGGUCAAGGGUGAAGUCCAGGGUCCGCUGCAGGUGGACUCGUCCCCUCCAGGGAGCCCCGACUCCACCUCCAGCAUGUCAGACGACAGCCGGGAACCCCCGCAGGAGAUGGAGCCCCCAAAGCCUGCCCCCAGCUCUGCCCCCACCCCUACCAUCGUGCGCCCGGGUUCGCUGCCCCUCCACAUGGGCUUCGACUCACUGAACCCCACGCUCCCCUCCCCCACGUCGGUCAUCACGCAGACCCCGCCCUCUAACAGACAGCUGGGGUCCCCGACGGCCUCGUACCCGCUGGUCAUGCACCUCCCUAACGGCCAGACGCUGCCCCUGCUGCCCAGCCCGGUGCAGAUGACCUCCGUCAUAUCGCUGGCCCGGCCGGUGAACGCCGUGCCCAACGUUCCCGGGAUCCCCGGCCCCCCGGUGGGCGGGGCCAGCAGCGGCUCCUCCUCCCCGUCCGGGUACAGCAUGCACGCCGACGCCAAGAUGCGUCUGAAGGCGGCCCUCACCCAGCAGGGCCUGGUAGUACACAACGGCUCUGCCAGGGGGGGCCCCAGCGGGGGGGGCGCCAGCGGGUCCGCGGUCCCUCAGAGACCCGAGCAGAACCAGCAGCCCAUACAGCAGUCUGAUGCACUGUCGCCUGCUCAGCCCCAGGUGUCUCCCGCCCAGCCCACGGGGGGGCGGCGGCGCCGGGCGUCGGACGUGGACCCCGACGAGCGGCGCCAGCGCUUCCUGGAGCGCAACCGCGCGGCGGCCUCGCGCUGCCGGCAGAAGAGGAAGGUGUGGGUGGGCUCCCUGGAGAAGAAGGCCGACGACCUCGCCAACAUGAAUGUCUCCCUCUCCAACGAGGUGACCCUGCUGAGGAACGAGGUGACCCAGCUGAAGCAGCUCCUCCUGGCCCACAAGGACUGCCCCGUCACGGCCAUGCAGAAGAAGAACGCCUUCCUAGCCGCAGGCGGGGAGGAGAGUUCCCGGGAGCCGUCGGCCGAGCUGCUGGGCUCCCCGGCGGCGGUCAUCCAGCACGGGCCCCCCCCCGGGGCCUCGGGCGGGGCCGGCGCCCUCAACGGGCUGAGCGUGCGCGCCGCCGAGGCCGUGGCCAUGUCGGUGCUGGCCGGCAUGGGGGCGGGGCAGCCGGCCGGGGACGUCAUGACGACGCAGCAGCAGCAGCAGCAGCAGCAGCAGCCCGCCUCCAGAUGAUGCGACGGCGCUGGUAGCCCCGCAUGCACUCGACCGGUGGGUGGGGGGGGGGGGGGGGGGUGGCGGCAGAGAGGGGGGGGGGGGGGGGGAGCCACGGACCCACCGGUGUCGCUCCCCGCCCACCCCCCCGCCCCCUCCUGCUCCGGCCCCCUCCCCCGUCGCCCGUCGUCGCCCGUCCCCCAGGAUGUGAGCGUGGACCAUGUGACCAGCAGGAUGCAGGAUUCAUGCGCUGGCUCAGGCCACGGACUCAGACGCUCUGCCCCCCCCCCCCCCCCCCCCCCACCACCAGGCCGAGGAUAAUCACUGACCGGAGCGUGGCGCCCCCCCCCCCCCCCCUGACCGGCUCCCAGCGCGAGGGCGGCGCUGUGUACAGUAGACGUGUGGAAACACCCCUUCGUUUUUUUUUAAGUUUAACCGCAGUCAGGAAUGUUGUUGUUUUUUUUUAGAACGGGAAAAAUCUCCCAAUAAAAGCACGUUAUUUUAUUUCUGUUGCACUUUUGAACGCAACUUUAAAACCAAACCCGCGCACUCAUCGUGAUCACACACUUCGCUAGCGCUUGUUUUGCUGUGACAUCUUGUCCUCGCAGCUCCGGUUGUGUUCUGCGGUGUCCUGAGGCUGCAGGGGGGCGGGCGGUGGUGAUCUCACCCCCGCCCGCCGCCUGCUAGCCCCACUGUCCGCCCACGCUACCUCUUCUGUCUCCGCGCUCUGCGUCGCUCUGUGUUUGACCCUCUGUGUUCAGCCAUUCGAGGUCAGCGGGAGGGCCUUCAUCACGCUCUCCUCUUGUACAGUUAUUUUUACUUUCAUUGUGAGUUUUUUGUUUGACAUUUUAUUUUACCGCCCCCCCCCUGGAGCGAGGGGGUCGUGUUCAUCUGGACUUCUGUUGGACUGCAUGGCGAAGACGAGGAUGAAGAGUAUCACCCACUGUGCGUGUGUGCGUGCGUGCGUGUGUGUGUGUAUGUGUGUGUUACUGACGCUUGGCCCCGCCUCUCAUCAGUUGGAAGCUUUGAUUGACAGGAUUGCCUUUGACCUCGAUGUGAAGCCUCCAGUCUGUCCGUAACAGAGAUGGUGUGGGUUGAUAACCUUUACACGGUAAUCAACGAACAUAACAUUAAAAAACAAGUGACCCAGGCAUUUCCUUUGAAGAAAAAAGUAGUGCAAUAUAUUUUUCUAUUGAGUAUCGAUGUUCUUGCGUGUAACUAGCGUGUGUAGCCCAGUGGUGUGGUUCUCUGAAUGAUGGAGUGGCUCAAAGGAAAACAAUGUGAAGAUGGUCAUUCCUGAGUUAAAUUGGCAAUUGGAGCACAGAAUGGGCUUGAUGUCCUGUUCAAUGGUGCUCUCACACGUUUUCUAACUGUCUGCCUUUUGUCAUUCAUUCGUUGAAGGUGCUUCCUUUUGAGUUUCAGUCUUGAACUGUGCUUGUUAGCAUCAUGCUUAUUUUAACAUUGUCAAGUUGUUUUUUUACAUGGUCUGGUUUUAAAAGGUUGCUUUCUCCAACUCGAGGUAUGGAUGUCCCUUCUUAUGAUUGUAGUCCCUGAUUCUGUUCCCCCUAUCACAUAAACGUGUGUAGUCUAUUGUGUGUUCCACUGAGGGAUUGGCACUAGAAGAUAGACACAUGGAGGGAGUCAAAUAAGGCCUAAAACUAGGUAAAAUUAACUCUUAUAUAAUCUGAAUUAAUGGAUGAUAUGUCUGGUAAAAAAAAUAAAUGUUGUUAGAAAAGGAAA